CUCCAAAAAUUUUAUCCACCUGAACUCGAAGAUACCGUAUUUGCGUCCCCUUUGCUUGCAUUCCAAUUCAAACACCAGACCGAACGCCCGCUCCCAUUUCCGCCGCAUUUAAGCGCUCUCCGGCCUAACUGUCCUAUGCGCUAGUCGCCUCCGACCAAACGCGACAGCUUCAUUUCAGAUCAGAGACCACCACGCUCCCCCGCCUACAAAGAGCCAAAAUGCAUCGGCAGCUUAGCCUCUCACCGGGGCCGAAGCAGCAGCAGCACGACGACGGCGGCAACAUCGGCAUCGGCAGCGACGCGGCGGAGGUGAUGGCGGUGCCGGAGGAGUCGUCGGCGGCCAAGGGCCGGUCGGUCAGGGAGGAGAGGACCAUCCACCUCAUCCCGCUGCUCACCUUCCUCUGCUUCCUCCUCCUCUUCCUCUUCUCCCACGACCCUUCCUCCGCUGAUAUGUCGAGCUUCAGGGACGGAGGGAACGGUGGCAACAGGAGGCUGAGGAUGCUGUAAACUUCUAGCAUCAAUUAUUGUCAGCUAUGUUUUUUUUUUCUGAUCCGUUUUGCUUUGCGAAUUUGGAUCAGAUUUUGUGCUGUAUUUGCUCUCAAAUAUGCGACUGCGUACGCAGCUACUUAAGCAGCAGUAAUUAGUAUUUGUAAUCUGCAACUUUAUGCAAUCUUUUGGUGAGUUCUUAAAUCUUAAUCGUUUGAAUUG